AACAGGACUGACCGGGGCGUACAAGAGACUUUUCGCUUUGCUUUCUUACAACAGCACUUUUAUUUACAAUGAAAAAAUGCACGAAUUCAAGAGGGAACUUUUCAGGAAUCUGCCCAGGUUUAGGAGCGGAGAUGGGACGCUUCGUUUGCUGGAGAUUGGAUGUGGAAGCGGGGCAAACUUCCAGUACUAUCCGGACGGUUGCACGGUGAUCUGUAUCGACCCCAACGUGCACUUUGACAGAUAUUUACGUAAGAACAUGGAGGAGAAUAAGCACUUGUGUUAUGAGGGGUUUCUCGUUGAGUCCGGAGAGAGGCUGACGCACGUGGAGGAUGCGUCAGUGGACGUAGUGGUGUGUACGCUCGUGCUGUGCUCCGUGCGUAACGUGCGUAAAGUGCUCCAAGAGGUGCGCCGCGUGCUCAGAACUGGAGGGGCCUUCUACUUCCUGGAGCACGUGGUCUCCGAAUGCUCUUCUUGGUUGCGUUUUCUGCAGUUUGUGUUGAAUCCGCUGUGGUCGCGUCUCGGAGAAGGAUGCACUUUGACCCGGGCCACAUGGAGAGACCUGGAGGCAGCUGGCUUCUCUCACCUCCACAUUCAGCACAUCAGCGCCCCCAAGAUGUCAACAGUGAUAACCCCGCACAUAAUGGGAUACUGUAUUAAAUAA